ACCGGGAAUACACUAUAAAAUCGGCAAAAAAAACUUCCUCCAGAUGGGCUACAGGGCCAUAUCGAAGAAGAAUGUAUAAAAAUAAUCCUCCUCUCAACACAGUUGCCGAUGAUGAAGAAGAUGUGUAUGCUUUUCAAGACUCUCCAUGUGACGGCGUUUCACCUUCGUCCUACUCAUCUAAGAAAAUUAUUACAUCCAUACAGAAUCAAAAUUUGAUGAAAAAGGAAGAGGGCUCUAAGCUAAACCUAAAGCACAAUUCAUCUACUAUUCAAGCACCAACGUUGGAAGAUCACGAAGAUAGUCAGAUGUCAAGUUUGAGUUUUUCUGAUCGUGAUGAUUUUGUCUAUGGUACAAAUACGAUGAGUGAAGAAGAAGAAGAAGAAAAGAAGAAGAAAAAAGAAGAAGAAGAAGAAGAAGAAGAAGAAGAAGAAGAAGAAGAAGAAGAAGAAGAAGAAGAAGAGGACGAUAAAAACAGUAGCAUCAGCAGUAGUGAACAAACCACGCCUAAAAAUAACAACUGCUGAUGUUCAGAAAAAAGUCUUAUUAUGGGUCGUAUCUUUAAAAGGGUGGAGCAAAAGAUAAGCUUGUAAGUGAUUCAGGGGUGAGAAAAAAAUCAACCAGCGUUCCAGGAAAUAUUGUAAUCGAGCCGGCAAAGGAUGCAGGAACAGCAGCAAACAGUUCAAAAUCGUCAUCAACAGUCAAGACCCCAGCAAAAGACUUUGAUAAGCUAUUUGACACAUUAAAAAAUGCAGCUGAUCCAUCAUGUGAACAUAACAGUAAUGAAUCCGCUAGCGAGUAUGAUAAUCUGCCCAAAGAUUCGUUUUGUGCGGAAUUAUUUGAAACUUCUGAUAAUAAUAUCGAGGUCAAAGUAUCCAAACAAGAUGUUAAUACACGGCAGCAGUAUCGCGUGGUGCAACACAAGCACGAAUCGAAAAAAUACGGACCAGAUAGAUUACGUCGCCAAAGAGCAGCUCAUCAAAAAAAUCUAACGGAAACGUGGGAUUCUGAGGAGUUUGAAGACUUUCAAACUGAUGACAUCAUAAAAUUAAUCAACAUAACUGAAGAUAAUGAAGUAAAUGACCAUAUAUCAUCUAAGAUAAAGGGUCCUGUUUCUCGGUUAGCCGAACAAGCCAUC